AUGGCCGAGUCAGGUCAGAUCAAGAGCUUACAGGAGAUAAUGAUGUCAGAAACUCCACCCGACACUGUCAGACACCACCCGACACUGUCAGACACCACCCGACACUGUCAGACACCACCCGACACUAUCAGACACCACCCGACACUGUCAGACUCCACCCGACACUGUCAGACACCACCCGACACUGUCAGACACCACCCGACACUAUCAGACACCACCCGACACUGUCAGACUCCACCCGACACUGUCAGACACCACCCGACACUAUCAGACACCAACCGACACUGUCAGACUCCACCCGACACUGUCAGUCUCCACCCGACACUAUCAGACACCACCCGACACUAUCAGACUCCACCCGACACUGUCAGACACCACCCGACACUGUCAGACACCACCCGACACUGUCAGACACCACCCGACACUGUCAGACACCACCCGACACUGUCAGACACCACCCGACACUGUCAGACACCACCCGACACUGUCAGACACCACCCGACACUAUCAGACACCACCCGACACUAUCAGACACCACCCGACACUAUCAGACUCCACCCGACACUGUCAGACACCACCCGACACUAUCAGACACCACCCGACACUGUCAGACACCACCCGACACUAUCAGACUCCACCCGACACUGUCAGACACCACCCGACACUGUCAGACACCACCCGACACUGUCAGACACCACCCGACACUGUCAGACACCACCCGACACUGUCAGACACCCCCCGACACUAUCAGAUUCCACCCGACACUGUCAGACACCACCCGACACUAUCAGACACCACCCGACACUGUCAGACACCACCCGACACUAUCAGACUCCACCCGACACUGUCAGACACCACCCGACACUGUCAGACACCACCCGACACUGUCAGACACCACCCGACACUGUCAGACACCACCCGACACUAUCAGACACCACCCGACACUGUCAGACACCACCCGACACUAUCAGACUCCACCCGACACUGUCAGACACCACCCGAUACUAUGAGACACCACCCGACACUGUCAGACACCACCCGACACUAUCAGACACCACCCGACACUAUCAGACACCACCCGACACUGUCAGACACCACCCGACACUAUCAGACUCCACCCGACACUGUCAGACUCCACCCGACACUGUCAGACACCACCCGACACUAACAUAG